UACUGCCAUGUCGCCUGAUGACUUUGAUUCGUUGAAAUCACAUGCCAACAAUCCUUCCCUUUUUCAGAAGGUGAAACUGACUUCAGAGUGUCAAGUAGACCUGAUGGAAUCGACAGGGAUGAGCAAAUGGAUAGAAUAUGACAAUUUUGUAAAUUGCUUCACAACAUUGCAUGUAAUGCACAAACCAGCUGGAUACAAAUACAAGGAAGCUGUUCAAGACAUGAAGAUGAUUAACCUAAAGGAUUCAGGUCAUGCAAAAAAGAACAGACUAGCUCCACCAGGGAAAAAGCAGAUAGAUACUUCUCACUUGCAUCCACUGGCUUGUGACGUUGGACCUAGUGGCACUAUAUCCAAUCUACUCUGCGUGGACAGCAUCAAGGACAUAGAACUUGUUAUUACUGUAUCUACAAUGACAUUUUGGCCAUACAAGGUUGGUCAGAAAAACAAAAGUAAACCAGAAAUGCCUGAGAGUCAACUAGAAGGGGAAACACAGAAAGCCAAUGAGUCAGCUCUUUUAAUAGCAGAGGAAUAUCGAUGGGACAGUGUUGUAGCCGGGCAGCCACUACUGAAGGUCACUACUAAAGGAUGCAAAGCAGGAGCCCUCUGCUUGUCAGCCGGAUGUAAUUGUUUUAUUCGCACAUGUGACAGUGACCACCAGCCAAUCAGCUACUUUUGA